AUGACGAAACUACCCUUCUUCCACUUGAAUACUCGGCUGCCCUUCCUCGUCUUUCUUUUCUCAUCCAUGUCCUUUUUCGUAAAUUCAAAAUACAUUCCCGCCGAAAGAACCGCCUUGCUAGACAUGAAAAAAUCGUGGGGCAACACCACAGCCAUCCAACACUGGACCCCCACGUCAUCUCCCUGUCACUGGCUGGAGAUCAACUGCUCCGCCGCUGGCGCCGUCACCGGAAUCAACAUCAACAACUAUUACAUCACCGGCACCGUGUCGGACUCCAUCGGUCACCUCCACAACCUAAACCAUCUCGAUUUCGGUAACAAUAAUUUCAGGGGAAAAUUCCCAACUGCGGUACUCAAGUGCUCGAUGCUCGAGUAUUUGGACCUCUCACAAAACCACUUCGAGGGGAAUAUUCCGGCCGGAAUCGACCAGCUCAAAUCUCUCAGGUACCUCUACCUCAACGACAACAACUUCUCUGGCAACAUUCCGCGGGAGAUCGGAAGCCUGCUGGAGCUCCGUGUCCUGUUCUUGUGCGACAAUUUGUUCACAAGUUAUCCGGUGGAGAUCUCGAACCUUUCAAACCUAGAGCACAUAUUUCUUUCUAACAACAACUUCACGCGGACGCCUUUACCUUCGGCUUUCGGAAAACUGACGAAACUGAAGUUUUUCUGGAUGAGGCAGGCGAACAUCAUUGGGAAGAUUCCCGAAAGCUUCAGGAAUUUAUCGAGGCUCACCUUUUUGGACUUGCCUAUGAACCAUAUCGAAGGUACAAUCCCGAACGGUCUUUUCUCGUUGAGAAAUUUGAGCAUCAUUUAUUUGUUUAUGAACCGGCUUUCGGGUCCAAUUCCUCAAGUUAUCAAGUCGAUGGAUUUGGUGGUAAUCGACCUAUCCAUGAACUACUUGAGUGGUCCGAUCCCGGAAGAUUUUGGGAAACUCAAAAAGUUGGAGCUUCUGUAUCUUUUUGUCAACAAACUAUCGGGCAAAUUGUCGCCGAGCAUAGCCCGACUUCCCAACCUUAAAAAUCUUCAAAUUUUCACGAAUAAUCUAAGUGGAGAACUACCCGUUGAAAUGGGAAAACACUCGGACCUCUUAAUCUUCGAUGUUAGUACUAAUCAUUUCACUGGAAAACUGCCGGAAAAUUUGUGCUACCGUAAUGCUUUAAUGAAUGUGUUUGCUUUUGAAAACAAACUGAGCGGCGAAAUUCCGAAACAACUAGGAAAAUGCCAAACUCUUUCCACCUUGCAGGUGUUCGAUAACAACUUCAAGGGAGAAGUUCCGUCUGGCAUUUGGGAAUUGCCAGAGAUGCUAUGUGUGGCGGUGGGUAAGAAUCGAUUAUUGGGCGAGCUCCCGAGUAAAGUUGGGCCGAAGAUGUUUUAUAUCGAUGUAAGUGAUAACAAGUUUACCGGUGAAAUUCCGACUAAUGUUUCGUCGUGGACGAGUUUGGGUAUGUUCAAGGCAGCCAACAACAAGCUGUCGGGCACAAUCCCUACCGAAGUGGCGAGCCUAAACAUGCUUACAGAUUUGAAUCUUUCCUCGAAUAAUUUAUCGGGUUCGAUUUCGCCUGAGUUUGGUUCUUUACAUGCACUUAAAAGUUUGGAUUUGUCGAAUAACCAACUUUCGGGUGAGAUCCCACCUCAGUUAGGAAACUUGACGCUCACUUUCCUAAACCUUUCUUCAAAUCUUCUCACCGGAAAAGUUCCCGACAAGUUUGAUAACGCGGCGUUUAACAGAAGUUUUCUGAACAAUCCGGGUCUUUGUGCCACAAUCAAAAUCUCCAACCUUCCCGUUUGCAACGCCUUCACGUGUGCAAAUGGAAAUUAA